AUGUUAAAUUCAAAAUUUACUAUGAAUAGAGAACCAUUAAAAGAAAGGUUUCUUUAAAUAACCAAUAAAUUAAAUAAUCUUGAUAUCAAAUAAGGUACAAGCAAGGCUCAUCGAAUUGAUAAGUUGAAUGAAAGAAGCUAUAAAAUAGAUGAUAGAAUCAGAAUCAUCAAAGAGAAUUAUAAUAAAUAAGUCUUGUAGUUAAAAGAAUAAGUUUAAGAACUGUCUGAAUAAAUUGACUAAGAGAGAUAGGAAUUCAAAUAAUAGCAUAAUUGUUAUUCGUAAAAGUUGUCAGAUUUGGAAAAGUCAACACAAAAACAAUUACAAAUUGAAUAAAGUGAAAGGGUGGAUGGUAUUAACUAAUUGUCAACCUACCUAAAUGAAAAGGUAUUAGAAAUUAAUAAUUAUUAGCUUACUUUUAUUAAAUCAGAUUUAACGAUUGAAUCAAAAUUAAGGGAAGAAUUAAUUGAUGAACUCUAAAGAGGAUUGGAAAACUAAUUACCUAAAAUUAAUUAAUAAAUCAAAAGUGAAAAAGAGGAUAGAGAAUUAUUUGACAAACAAAUUUUGAAAAAAAGUACAAUUGAAAUGAAUAAAUUGUCGAAUUAGUUAAAUGAUGUUACAAAACAAACCUUAGAAUAAGAAAAUUAAAUUAUUGGGAUGUUAUAAGAAUUGAUUAUCAGAACUAAAGAGGAUUUAAAAUAAUUGUCAGAAGAAAGACAGGAAAAAGAAGAAGAAAUAAUUAAUUUGAUUGAAAAGACUUGUGAUAGAAUGGUCUAAGCAUCUUUGAUUUGAAUAUUAA